AAUUCGGGUAAUUCGGGUAUUUUUCGGUAAUUCGGUUAAUUCGGUUAAUUCGGGUAAUUCGGGUAAUUCGGGUAAUUCGGGUAAUUUUUAACCAAAAAUAAAAAAUACAUAAUUUUCGGUUAAUUCGGUUAACCGACCUUAUUAACCGAAAAAUUUUCGGUUCGGUUAAUUUUUUUAAAAAAAAAUCGGUUCGAUUAACGGUUAAAAUUUUUGGAAGGUCGGUUAAUUCGGUUAUAGUAAUUUCGGGUCGGUUAACCGAAUGAACACCCCUACUAACAAUGCUUACAGGUAAGGACAUUAAGGCCCCGUUCUUCUCCACGGUUGAGAAGGACUUUUUCAAUAAAAAGUCCUUUUCUCUUAAACGGAAUGAAGAAUAGCCUCCUUUUAGGUAAAAAUUUCACCAUCAGAAAAGGGUUUCUCUCCAGAUGAAGAAGCUAAAAAUUUCUCCUUUUCUUCAACUUGAACUGCUUUUGGAUGAUAAUUGACCAAAUUAACCUGUCUUCUCCCCCAAACGUUUUUUCCCCUCUGCUGGUUCCCCAAACGUUCUUUUUCCUCUGCUGGUGAAAUUGGAGCUUUAUACCCAAUUUUUUCCCCAUUUUCGGCUUUCAAAGCUAUUUCCUAUUCUUUGUUCCUCUUCCGCAGGUGAGAGUUUCUUUACUUCUUCUUCUGUUUAAUUAGUUCCUCUUCUGUUUAAUCUCUGUCUGAGAACCUAUGGGGGUUUUCGACCUUAACAUUCCAUACACGGAUUCCAAGCCGCUCAGCAAGGCGAAUUCCACCGUUGCCAAAUCCACCCGCAUUAAAAUUGUGAUCAAAGCGAUGGAGCUGGGCUACACGGGUAUCGCCUACAACCGUACGAUCAGGGGUGUCAUGUUUGAUCGCGACCGAUGCUCGAUUCCUCUUCUUGGUCUUUCCUCUCUCCUCAAUGUCGCCCCCUUUCUCUCCUCUUCCGUAAACUUCCACCGAGACCUCCUCGGGGUCCCUCGCUCCUUUCCUUUUCGCCAAUACAUGCGCCUCACCUUCUGCAUUGAUACCGCAUCGCAGUCACAAGGUUUAAAUUCGGGAAACCCGAUAUUGAAGACGUACAGCAUUGUUGCCGUUAGGCCGUUGAACCAAAAUGCAUUUGAUAACGCUUGCGAAAAAGCCGAGGUGGAUAUAAUUUCAAUUGAUUUCUGAGACAAGUUGCCGUUUCGAUUGAAAUUGCCUAUGGUUAAACCAGCUAUACAGCGUGGGAUAUAUUUUGAAAUAACAUAUUAUGAUCUUAUUGUGGAUGUUCAUCAAAGGAGGCAAAUCAUAUCCAAUGCUAAGUUGCUGCUGGAUUGGACUCGAGGAAAAAAUGUCAUACUUUCUAGUGCUGCACCUUCUGUAUGUGAAGUUAGAGGGCCUAAUGAUGUUGCAAACUUAGCAUCUUUGCUUGGUCUCUCUAUGGAACGAGCUAAAGCAGCUAUUUCCAAAAAUUGUAGGAGCCUUUUGACCAAUGCUUUGAGAAGAAAGCACUUUUUCAAGGAGGUUAUCAGAGUUGAAGUAGUGUCCUCCAGUAUAAAUCUUUGGAACUUGGAAAUUAGCAAUCAAAGUUUCAAUAUUGUCGAUGUAAAGCCUGCAAACAUGGAGGAUCUAACUGAGGUUAUAACAUCAGCAGAGUUUCACCCUACCCACUGUAAUAUGGUAGCAUAUAGUAGUUCAAAGGGCUCAAUUCGCCUCAUUGAUUUGCGGCAAUCAGCUUUGUGUGAUUCUCAUGCCAAAUUGCAAGUGUUUUACCUUUUUUAGUUUCUUUUGUUGAAUUUACUGAGAUUUGCACCAAAAAUUGAACUAUUGUUAUUAUCCUAAAGUUUAGAUUUAAACAAAAUAUGUUCUGUGAAAGU